AUUCAUCCCUUGGAUUCCGGCACUUAUAAUGUACCGCGUAUAUAUUUGUAUUUCUUUUCCCAAUAUCAAUAGUAAACGACUGAGCUAAUCAAUACCCCGGCUGAUUUUUCACCAGCUCAUGUGUUUUCCAUGAUGGAUGGAUUAAAUGGAUUGCUCACGAUGCGUUCGGCAUUAAAAUCUGUUGAAACAUCUAUACGAAAGUUGAGUUUCUUGCAAUCGUUAAUUGCGACAAGGUUACUAUUUCUGGCGGGUCACGAUCGGUUAAAAAUAUUUGUAAUUGGCGUCCACAUUUGCCAGCACAAGGUUUCUUCGUGUGACCUUUGAUGUCUGAUAACGCGGCCUUUUUUAUGGUGAUUCUUGAUGCCUGAUGGCGAAGCCGUUCGUCUUUGAUAAAAAUUUUACCAGUGUAUUAAAUCGGAUUUGAAUUUGGGCGAAUUAGGGUUUGUGGGUGAUGUUUAUCGGGAUUAAUCUGAUUUUACCGUUAGCCACCAGCGGUGUGCUCGGGUUGACUGAAAUAACCGAAGCCGCUCGUGCAAUCGAUCGUUAAUUAGGUGCUUUUAUUAGAUUGUUGUUCGUGUAUGAGAAACAGCCAACUUGAUCAUGCAUGCCCAUUCUCUGCCGGACCUCUCCGUGCCGCCGUCGGAAGCGGCGGCGGAUAAUCAGUGUCGCAUGUCGCGGAUUAUUCGUCGGAUAUUGCGCUACUUCCACUGGGUGGAAAAGCCUCCGCUCCGCGAAGAAUCCAGCCCCGCACUCCUGCCGCUGACCACGGAAAAAGCCAAAAUGCCGCUGCGGACGGCGCAUUCCGACGGGGAUCUGAUGGGGAAGCAUUCCGCGGUGAAUUUGCUGAUUUAUGCGGAGAACGCCGUGGAAGUGUGGGAUGAGCCGCCGGAGAAGCUCCGCGAGACAUGGUCGGGACGGUUCGAGUUCUUCCUCAUGUGCAUCGGAUAUUGCGUCGGAUUUGGCAAUAUUUGGCGCUUUCCCUUUCUGGUAAAUAUUGAUGCCUUUUGCGCGUGUGAGAUGACAAUAAGAAACACACAUGCUGGAUAUUUGCAGGUGUACCGCAAUGGAGGAGGAGCCUUUCUCAUUCCCUACUGUAUAUUCCUGGUGUUGUGCGGCAUUCCCCUGGUGCUGAUGGAAAUGGCGCUGGGACAGUUCUCCAGUCUGACGGCCAUCCAUCUCUUCGGACAGUUCAGUCCGUUGUUCAAAGGUCUCGGCUUCUCCAUGGUCAUGAUCUCCUUCUUCGUCUGUAUUUAUUACAAUACGAUUUUAUCGUGGGUGAUUUAUUAUUUGUACGCGUCAUUCUCGUGGACGCUGCCGUGGAGUGUCUGCGAUAAAUCCUGGGCAUCCGCGCGCUGCUUCACGCCCCAGUCACCCGACAAUACGUCGACUGUUAAUCAAACAUUACUGGCGGACGGGAAUCAUUCCCAGCUGGAUGAACGGAGUGUGAUCGAUCGCUACAUUUUCAAGGACAACCGGUCACAGGUUCCCUCAUCCGAGGAGUUCUGGAAUCGGCACGUUUUAAAAUUAUCCAGCGGCGUAGAUGACUUUGGAUCUCUGCGCACGGAGCUGGUGAUCUGCCUGCUGGUGGCCUGGAUCAGCGUGUUCCUGUGCAGCUGCAAAGGCAUCAAGACGUCGGGCAAAGUGAUCUACUUCACGGCGAUCUGUCCCUUCUUCAUGCUGAUUGUCCUCUUCAUCCGCGGCAUGACGCUGCCCGGCUCCGCCAGCGGCGUCUGGCUCUUUCUCCAGCCGGAUUUCGCGCGCCUCAAGGAUUUUCGAGUAUGGAUGGAUGCCGCUAUGCAGAUUUUUUACGCCAUGGCGCCGGGAUGGGGCGGAUUAUUGAGUUUUGCAUCCUACAAUGGAUUCCAUGUCAACGUUUAUAAGUACGGCGUGAUGAUUCCCAUCCUGAAUUUCUUAACCAGCAUGUUGGGCGGAUUGGCGGUGUUCUCGGUGAUCGGUUAUCUGAGUCAUCGGAGCGGACUGCCGGCUAGUCAAGUCGUCGCCCAUGGUCCGGGUUUGACGUUUGUCGCGUAUCCCGAAGCCCUGUCGCAGCUGCCCUUCGCGCCGGCCUGGUCGGUGCUGUUCUUCUUCACCCUCUUCACCAUCGGCAUCGACAGCCAGGUGGGAAUGUUUGAGACGUUCGCCUCCGGCCUGGCGGACGAAUUCCCGGCCAUCCGGCGACACCGGCUGCUCUUUGUCGCCGCGUCCUGCGCGCUGCUCUUCAUGCUGGGGUUGGUGUGCGUGAGCGAAGCCGGCAUGUACUGGGUGCAGGUGAUCGACUGGUACAGCGCCUUUUUAACCCUCCUCGUCAUCUGCCUGGUGGAGUGCUGCCUCGUCGGCUGGGUGUACGGGGCGGAUGCCCUGCGCGCCGACAUCCAGCAGAUGAUCGGCCGGGGCAUCCCCCGUUUCUGGUCCUUCUGCUGGCGCUAUUUAACGCCGGCCACGGUGGCCGGGAUCCUCUUCUGCGUCUGCUACUUCCACGUGCCCGUCACCUACGAGGGCUACGUGUUCCCGCGCUGGUCACUGGUGCUGGGAUGGGCGUUGGCGUUGGCGACUAUGCUGCCGAUUCCCCUGUACGCCCUGUACAAAAUCACCCACACCCGCCACCAACCUCCGGACGACAAACGGCCCCGGAAAAUCUCUGGCGCAGCGUGUGGCGCAUGAUGCGGUGCACGGAACGCUACGGCCCGAUGCGGCCGGCGGACCGCGCCCUCUACGUCGAGCGGACACAGCAGCCGCCGGAAAACAGUCCGCACCGCGUCUCCGCGUGAUCAGACAACUGGAUAUUUCUCUGUGAAUUAAUUAUUUCCAAAGAAUCUCCACGGUAUCCCCGUCCUCUGCUGCUUGUGAUUGCAAAUUUGCAACCGGCAUCACUGCCACCAGGUUGACCCCCCAUGGGGCGGCGGUGCGACGGAAUGGGUCCUCUUUUUUUCUGGUAUUUUUAAAUGAUAUUGGCAAUUUGUUGAUACAUUCAUUUGUGUGGUUUAAUCUGAUUUUAUCCGAAAUCUUUCCAGGGAAUUUUAACAAAAUUGUGUGAUAAAUUAUACCGAGUAUAAAUAUUAGGAAAUUGAGUGUAUCGCAUGUCGGGUUUUGAGAAGCGGUGGAUGACAUUUUAUUCAUAAUAAAAUUACUGGCGGUUGUAAGAUGUAAAUUGCGCUGGAAUAUUACUCGUAUUUUACCGGUUUUUCU